CUCUUGCCGCCAAAGGGAAAAUUCCCCAAACCCCUCCUCUCCCGCAUUCCCCCCCUUCCAAGAAGAGCCCAAGAACGCGAGCAACAGCGCCGCCCAUCCAUGGACGGGGGCGGCCGCGAUACCGGCGGCCGCGACUGGUCAGAGGAGGGGAUCGACGAGGUGAAGGAGCUUGGCCUGCGGAGGCGGAGCCGGACGGCGAGCUCGUCGCCUCCUCCGCUUGAUCCCGCGCCGGCCAGAAUCUUGGCAUCGAGGCGACAGCCUCCUCCGCCUGGUCCCCGGCCGUCCGGAGUGCCUCUUCCGCCUCGUCUCCAGCCUCUCACAUUCUCGGAGGAUGCGGCUGCGGGCAGUUCUAGAGAAUACCGCCAAGGGGACUUCGCUUGGGUGGCGGAGACCGUCUCCCGGCUGAAAGAGAAGGGCGUUAUCGCUUCUAGCAGCUCAGAUGGUUCUAAGGGAUCCGCCGACAUGGACUUGGAUGAUUCGGAGGAGGAGACCAUCCCCGGGCUGACAGAUCAGGGCGGCGGCGGUUCUUGCGGCGCAGGUGGUUCUAGAGGAUCCGCCGACUUGGACUUGGAUUGGGUGGAGGAGACCAUCUCCCGGCUGAGAGAUGAGGGCGCGAGGCCGAGGCUGAUCCCGCCGGACACCAGCACGAGCUCUGGCUCGGAACUGGCCUUCUCCUUCCCUCCAGUUAAAGCGCCACCGGACGUUGUCGACGCGGCGGUGGUUCUUGACCAUUUCGCCGCUCCCGAGACGCCGCCCAGGACAGCCAAUACGAGGAGCGAGUUCUUGGAGGCCACGAUGGAGGCCACAGCAGGCGCCAGGACGGUGGAGAUCAAGAAGGAGCUCCUUCUCAACCGGAAGGUGCUCGACCUGGCGGGACUGGAGAGGUGGCUACGGAGGUUGGAGGCCGUCGCCGAGCUCGCCUGGUUCACGGAGCUGUGCUCCGACGAGAAGAAGGAGGUGCCCCCGGUUGAGCUCUCCGAAUGCGCAUUCCGGGCUCUUCAAGCCGCCAGGUCAAAUGAACUCCACCACGGAGCCGAUGCCAGGAGGUCCUGGAUUGGUUCAGUGGCCGUACCGGACUUCUUCUUGUGCCCUGUCUCCAAGAAGGUCAUGGAGAACCCAGUCGUCAUCACCUCAGGAAAGACUGUUGAUCACUCAGCACUGGAGGAAUGGUGGAACACGCACAAACACAUAUGUCCAGUCACUGGCGAGGUUCUCAAACACAGCAUUUCCAUCCCUGAUGUCCUCAUUGCCCUGUGCAUAUCGUGGUGGCGUACAGAAAAUGGCAUUAGAGAUUUGACAGCAGCUACAGAUCCACCAGCGAUCUCUCCUGAGGAGGAAGCCUUGUUCAGGGAGGUUGCCAUGUUGGCUCACACCCGCAGCAGCUUUGGAGAAGAUUAUGAAGCUAUAUUGUGCCUGCACAAGCUCGUCGACAAGGAGCAGUGCUCAUUCCUGCAUCUGAUUGGUCACAGCCCAGGGACAAUAACAAUACUUGCUUGCGUCCUGCCCGAGACAUGCCUUGACCCUAAUCCUAAAUUGGACAACAUUAUCCUCGAAAUCAUCGCUAAGGCUGCUUCCUACAGCACAAAUAAGGAGGUUCUUGGAGACGAUAGAUAUGCCAUACCUGUGCUGAUUGCAAGAGCCUUGCUAGGGCCAGUGCCGAUGAGAGCCAAGUGUGCUCAGAUUCUUGGGCUACUUGCUGACAACCACUACAAUAAGAUAAAGAUUGGUGAGCUUGGAGGCUUUGCUGCAAUGAUGGAGCUUCUCUUGGUCGGAGACAUAGAUGUCAAGAAGACGGUAGCAAUGGCGCUUGCCAACCUCUGUGAGGCCCGGGAGAACUGGAGCAGAUUUGUCCGGGAGGGUGUGGGAGACGCCGCCAUAUCUCUGUUGCGGAACGACAUGCUAGUGGAAGAGGCCUACAGCAUCUUGUUGCGGGCUAAGGGUUUUCAGCUGGCCAUGGAGGAUAUCUUGCAGAAGUUGGCGUCGUUCCAUGAUGAAGAGAAAUGCCAGGCGAUGGUGAAGCGCCUUUGGGAUACCUUUGUUCGAUCGGAACCAGGCCAAAGAGGAUGUGCUCCGGAGACAUCUUCAUCAUCAUCCUCAGAGGUGAGCAUGGAAGAUGUUCAGGCUAUCGUUUCAUGGCUGCAGAAGAAAUCGUAUUUCUCCCGGACAUACAAGUACAGGAGUUGAUCAUUCAAUUCAUUGUCAGGCCAACUUGUGUAAAGAACAAUGACAGGGUGAUUAGUUGUAGAAGCAGUAGCUGAUCCUGAACAUAACCGUAGUUCAGCUCAAGCCAAGCAGUGAUUGUAACCUUGUGGAUGACAAGGUAGGGAUAGUAUUUGGAUGCCUUGCUGGAAUGCUUUUCGGUUGUAAAUGCCUUGUGUGUAUAUAGCUAAAACGUAGUGCUGUUGUUCAGUUUUUGGCAAACAUAUAUUCUACAUUCCCUGGAAGUUGAGGA